AAAGAGAGGCUGGGGGUCGUGACCUCGCAUUGGCUGGGAGCUAAAGCCAGCGCUCUCUGUGGUUCUGGUCUUGCAUGACCCAGCGUACCCUGCGAGGGUGAAAUCUUGACCUUAUGGCCCUGAGGCCACAAGGAUGACAGGGCGCCGUGACCUCUGGUCUGCAGUAUUAUUCACACCCUCAGUGGCCCGUCUGUGGCCCACUAAUGCUGCUGGAAGUGCAGGGCUGCGUGGCCACACGGAUUUCCGAGGUCACCGCCCCAUCGUCAUGACCCCAGGGACCAAAGGAGAAGCCGUCAGCUCUAAGUGUUACAUGAGGAGGAGGAAACAGGAGGCGCGGAUUGCAAAAGGAAGGGAGAUACAUGAGUCUCCACCCACGGACCUAACGAAAAUUGUGAGCGAAGCCGCGUGACGAGUGGGACACCACACGAGUGAACUCAAACCCGAACUAUACCCGAAGGACGCGCCUCGUCACUCCACGAACCUGGAAUCCGAAGAAAACGAGACUGAAUACGACGCCUUGCCGCGGCCCGAGCGAGAAGCGCCCGAGGACACACGAGGAGUGGAGGAGGCGGGCACGAGACUCCUGCCCCUGGGAACAGCCCCGCCGCCGGCACCCCAGCCACCAGAGCCGGUGGAGGGCAGCAAGGAGAACAUCGCGCCCCCUGAGAGGAAGAUGGUCACCAAGACGACUCAGCCACCCGUUCCCACCAUGACCUAUACGGUGACGGCCAGCGACACCCUCACCAGCAUCGCGGCGCGGUUCGACACCACGCCGUCGGAGCUCACGAAGCUGAACAAGCUGGUGACGCGUUUCGUGUACCCCGGCCAGGUGAUCGCCGUCCCCGACAAGGCGACAGCGACCCUCGACGACAAGCCAAGCGGCCCCCACGACCCGCAGGACACGGGCGUGGGCCACGACCUCCUCACCCACAUCCGGCCGCCGUCGCCUACCCAGCGUGGGGACCUGAGGAGCCCUGCAUCUCCCAACACCUGUCCACGCACACCUGCCAACUCCGUUGAGGUUGAAAAGUCACUUGACAAAGAAUGUCUUGAAAAAUUCCUCAAAAUCAGUGUGCGGCACAUAACAGAUGGCCAGGGUGUGGUGGCAGGGGUCCUCUUAGUCACCCCAAAUGCAGUCAUGUUUGACCCUAAUGUAUCUGACCCGCUGGUGAUUGAGCAUGGACCAGAGAGCUAUGGAGUCAUUGCACCCAUGGAGUUUGUAGUGAAUGCAGCACUCUACUAUGACAUUGCACACAUGAGGGUCAAGGACACUAACUUGCCCAAGCCAGAUAUUCCCAAGCCAGAAAUAUACUGGGGCCCUGGUGGGCAGGUGGAAAGAAUGGGAAGCCAGGAGUCCCCAGGGAAGGAUGCAUCCCUCAGCAAGGACACCACCUUCCCAGAGCUGGCCACCUCCCAGGAUGACAACGACUCCUCGUGCUCCUGUGGUGGAGACACUAGGGAGACCUCUGCUUUCCCCAAGGCCUUUGAGCAAGAAUUGCUCACACCCAUUGGGUCAGAUGUGUCCCCAGCCAGUGGUGAGGGCCAGGCGUCGUCUGGCCAACCUUCACCCGCCCAACAGCAGCCUGCAGUGGGGGACCUUACACCCAUCGCAGAGGCCACUCAGCCCUCAGACUCAACCCUUGCUCAAACUGUGUGUGAUAACAAAGCUGCUCAGGACCUUGCUCAAAGUGAUUCCCCAGCUCCCCCUACUUCUGAUGACCCUGUUACUAAUGAGAAAAAGAGAACCACUUCGGUGACCUUUGACUUACAAGGGGAAGGGGAAGAACCUUCAGGAGAUACAGGAAGUGAAAACAACAUGCAAGAAACACGAAAACAAAAGGUCCUGAAGCGGUUGUCGUACCCUCUGUCUUGGAUGGAGAGUUUCAAUACCGACAAAGAAAACUUGCCUCACCCGCCAGGCAUGCAGCCCUCUUCAGCGCCCCCCGUGGGACCCCAUCCCCCACCCGAGGGACCUGAAGGGGCCAAGCCAGGGGUGUUUUCUAAUGUGUUCAGUAUGUCCAACGUAUCCAAUAUGUUGUCCAGUUCGCCCAAAUAUCUGGUUGACUUCAGUAGUGGGCUUUUCGCUCGCUCCCCCUCUGACUCCUCAAGCUCAGUGAGAGAUGUAACAGAGCUGGGCACCCCCCCGGGAUCCCUCGAGGGGUACCGUGUUGCCCAGUCUGUAUUUUACCGCAAACAGAGCAGCUUGGGUAAUGACAAGGAGGAGAGGAAAGGCAUACCCAUAUUUCACCCAGGACGACCCUCAAUGGACUUUGCACGAAGACCCACCAACCAGCAGCCUCUGUUGCCACACACGGCACCAACUCUCAACAUCACCAACAAUAGCAGUCAACAGCCGGCCACCUCUGGCAGCCUUCACACUCAGCAACUGCAGUCACAACAACAGCAGCUACAGCAGCAACAGGCCCAGAAGAGAGCCCAGUACAAGGAAGGCCCCAAGUUUGGCCUCAAGAGCAUGGUCAGUAUGGAUGACAUGCCCGAGCUCUUCGCAUCAUUUGAUAUUCUAGGUCCACACUUCUCAUCCCUACAUGAGCUGGGCUUAGGCAUCAAGGAGGACUCGUUGAAAGAACUGAUUCCAAAGCCUGCCACUUCCUGUGAAGACCCCCCACUCUACCUUUGUCUGAGGAUGGGGAAGCCAGCCAACAGAAGAAUCCCUAAAUCCACACCUGUCAUGUCGUAUGGCAAGAAGAGGAUGAGACCUGAAUACUGGUUUAGCAUCCCCAAAAAUAGAUCUGAUGAGUUAUAUCAUUUCUUCCAACUGUGGGCGCAUGACAUCUAUGGAGAGCUAAAUGAGGAGGAAGUAGCAUCUCGAGGCUUUAUCCUGGUGGAGGAGGACACUGACUUGUGGACAGAGCAGGACAAUGAGAGAGCCGAGAUGGAGGAUGGCAUCAGUGGAGAGCUGACAGAGAUGACCAAGGAGUCAUGGGAGAAACUAAAAGCCCCUUAUGUUAAGCUCUAUUCCUUGAUGAAGAGUCAGAUGACCAUCUCGACGGAAUCCGAAAACCCUGAGGUUGUGUCUAUGAGUGAGGAGCUGCGUCGUGCUCUCUACUCAUCCAGCUCCCUCACCAGCCUGGACUUGGAGGCCUUCCUUCCCGAGGUGGUUGGCACCUCGGAAAUUAUUAAUGACAAUGUCAGGAAGAACUUGUACAAGAAGCUGCCAGCCCGUGCCCAAGGAUAUGCUUGGAAGCUGGUAUUUAGCACCUCACAGCAUGGCUUCAGCCUGAACUCCUUGUACCGCAAAAUGAGUGAUGUAGACUCUCCAGUCAUGCUCUUCAUCCAGGACACAAAGCAGAAUACCUUUGGGGCUGUGCUGUCGGGUUCCCUACAUGUGAGCGAGUUGUACUAUGGCACAGGGGAGUCCUUCCUCUUCACCUUCCAGCCUGAGUUCCAGAUCUUCCCCUGGACUGGCGAAAACACAUUCUUUAUCAAGGGAAACAAUGAGUCCCUAAUUAUUGGUGGAGGAGAUGGCAACUUUGGCCUGUGGUUGGAUGGGGACCUGUAUCAGGGUCGAACACAACCUUGCAAGACCUUCAACAACCCACAACUGACAGAUGCAGAAGAUUUCAUAAUUAAAUCUGUGGAGUGUUGGUCCUUUGAGUGAGGAUCCAGGCACUGACUAAUCUCUGAUGCUGUACUUGCACCCCCUCGCUGCCCCAAGCAGCCACACACAGCAAGCGGCCGCAUGGCGGAAGUCAUGCCACGGGACUGUUGCACUAUGGGAAGCAUCUCUUGUAGGAGUGUGUUGGGGAACUUGCCUGAUUUUAACUGCUUAACACAGGUAUGCCUUUCAUUAAUCUCAAUACACAGUACAUAUAGUACAGUUUUACACCUUAAAAGAAAGGCUGUCUUUGAUAUUUUUAAAUGUUCUACUUACUUUUGUAGCAUUUUUUUUAUUCUCCAUUGUUUUUUACAUUUGAGUUAGGUUUGAUAUCCAGAAACCAGUAAUAAGGAAAUUUCCAUCUUUUAUUUCUGAUUACAAUAAACUGUUCACCUAAAAAUUUUGUGACAGCCAGACUCCGUGACAAGAAAAUUCCUAUCUUUUAUUUCUGAUUACAAUAAACCAUUCACCUUUUUUUAUUAUUAUUUCUUUAACGUUAGUGUUUCAAGGAAUAAUUUUAUGAAAGGUAAUUCCAUACUAUUUUGAGCUUUGAACUGUUGAAUCAUUAACACUUCUUGACAUUUUGCUGGUAUCAAAUGGACAAGAAAAGUUUGAUAUUUUCCGUUACAUUUUGGUAUUGUGUUUUCUCUUCUGGUGUAUUUGGGACCUGACUGGAGAUAAGUAUUUUUAUUGCAAAAUGCAAGGAUGUUCUCCCCUGAACUUCCACUAAAGUUACUGGGCACUCUUGUCUCACUGUAAUAGUUGGAAGUGCAGUGCUAGCAGCUAAAUGAUAAGCCUUAGAUAGUGCUUUACCUGAGGCAAAUGCAUGGCCUCCUGUAGAGGCCCACUUGAGUGCUUGGUGCCGCUAGACUUAAAGCGACCCAAGUAUCUGGAGCAAUAAUGCAGCAGUUUGUACAUGGUGUUGUAGUGGUCACCAAGGUAAUUCCUUACAGUGCGUAAGGCAGUAGUUGGCCGGGUACACAGAGGGUCAAUGUUACGUUGCUCAAGCAUCAGGAGGAUCAAAGGCUUGGUGGAAGGACAAUUAAACAGAAAGAGCAUUAAGGUCCGAACAUAUCAAUAAAUGGUUGAGGGAAGUCAAAAGGUUGGGUGAAGACACUGCAUAUGCUUAUUAUGAAUGCAUCAGUGUUAUGGUGUCACCCGAGUCAAAUAUCAGAAGGAAGAAAUAAGAAACUUCAGAGCUUAGAUCAGGACUUUUGUCCUCACUCUGCCUGGCUCUUUAUGAUGCCAUACUUCCAUGGAGUGUUUGGCGGAACAAGUGGUAAGCAGAAAUGUACCUCUGUUGCGCAUAGGGAAAGUGUUGCGAGUAUGUUGUCCAUUUCCCUUGUUUAAUAUUAUUCUAAGGGAACAUUAUAGAAGACAAAUACAAAUACCUGAUUUGUGAUUAAUAGUGGAUUGCGUUGCUUCAUUUGUUUGCAGAAGCCAUGCAGGAAGGAAAAGGAUUAUUGCCAAAACCUAGAUAACUCUUUCUCUUUAAGACGUCAGUUUCUUAUUUUGUUUGAGAUGAGACUAAUGUUUAUUGGUAUUCUUAGAAUGAGAAACUAAUGGUGAUUGUUCAGUGAAGGUUGGAGAAAAGUGAUAGCAGUUUGUCUGCAGUGCUGGACGGAUCUCUCCUCUUAAUAUGCUUGAUUAUUCUAAUGUUCAUGCUUUACUUUCACAGUAUAAAGACUUAAUGAUUGCCAUUUGGGCAAUACAUUUGUGAGAGUUCUUAGUAGUGUCUGUGCCAUUAUUCACCAAUUAAAAUGUCAGUGUCGCUGAAUGUUUAACAUGCAAGGAAAUGAGACGUUAUGCUAUUAGGCAAUUCUAUAAGCCACAUUACAUUUUUGUUGAGGUAACUCAUUAAGUUUUGCUCACUAGUUGACUGGUCAUAAACUGUCUGUUGAAAAUUGCAGGAACACUUUUUGGCAAUGUUUAUGUAAGCUUUGUGGUAGGUAGAGUGGCACUGAGAGGACACACCAAGUAAGCUCAGCAAUAAUUAAAAUAAAAAAAAAUAAAAAAAAUACUUUGACAGUGCCCCAUCAUAUAUUGUUAAGCCCCUUUCCUCUAUGUUAAGAAUUCCAGUAAUAUUUUGCUUGCAAUAUACUUGAAACUGUAGGUAUCAAGGAAGUUGGAAAGUCAUAUAGGAAUGGAAUUAGUUUGCUAGGUGUAGUUAUCAUGGGUGUAGCAGCUGGUUUCCCUGCUCCACGGUUAGUCCAUCUGUGUGUGGCAGUAGUUGCUCCCUCACCUGGCAGUAGCUCUUGGCUCAAUAAAUCUAUCAUAUUAAAUUUAAUUAAUUUGUUCUAACUUGUUAAGAAACCAGAUUGAAGAUUCAUCAGUUGUGGUUCACAGCAAAAAGUAUUGGGAAAAAAAAAAUCAGUUAUCUUUCCAUUGAAAUUUGUCUGGUCUGUUGUCAGCUGUUGCAAUAAGAAAAGCUUAUUCUGCCUCAGACACUACUACCACUCUCCUCUUAGCUGGAGAGAUCCCUGAGCCUAUGUAGCACAUGCUGGAGACAGUGGUGGCUUGGGCUCAAAUGCUAUUCACAGAAUCUGUAUUUAUUAAAACUUGAAAGUUUUGUUAUUAGAACACUGUAAUAUUAAUAUCACUGGUCAGUUCUUUGUUGAUAUAUAUAUAUAUAUAUAUAUAUAUAUAUAUAUAUAUAUAUAUAUAUAUAGAUAUAUAUAGAUAUAUAUAUAUAUAUAACUAUAUAUAUAAUCAUUUUGCCCCAAAAUCUUGCUUUUUCCUCAUGCUUUGAGAGAUCACCUCGGCGUGACUCUGAAUAAAUGUUAAGGAAACCUUGGCAUCCUGAGCCAGAUGAAGACUGUUAGUUAUUGAUGUACAGAGUAUAGAGUACUAAAUGUUCUAUUUUGGUAGUCUCAUCGUUCUUGUGAAUAUAUAUUGUAAUUAGUGAGUGUUGUGUUGUAUGUUGUGUGAGCAAAGGAAUGGUGAAAAAGGCAGGGCAAUGCUUCUGUAAGGAAACAGACACUAUAUUUGUAAAGUUUAUUCCUUCCACAAAACAUGCUAGAACAGUCACCUGUUCAUUCAAGCAAGUUUCAUGGGUUGUUUUCAGCCUUCAUGCAGGGUAGGAGGCUUAGAGGAGGUGCCAUAUGUUGGUUCUGGGCCAUGGUUACUGGGGACCAGAGCCAAGCUGAAUGCUGUCUUGUGAAGGAACUCUGCUUAUGCUGUUGUGAUGUCAUUAAAACUAUAUUAGUUUUACUUGGCAGAAUUGUUACUUCUAAUUUCUGUUGAAUUUUGGUAUUAUAUAUCUGGUUCAUUUAUUUUUAUACAAUAUAGAAAAUACAGUAAUUCCCUAUUUUACUGGAUAAAGCUUGUAUUCCAUCAUUAACUAUUUUGUUAUCUAGUGUACUUCAGUAACCCUGGUGUCUGUAAAGUACUACUGUAGAGCUGUAAUGGCAAUAUAUUAUGUAAGGGCUACUAUAGAACUUCAUGAACCAAUGGACUUGCAUCAUGCUACUAAAAAUAUCAUAAUAGUCACUGUAUUAUACCAUUAAACCAUGAGGCAAGAAUGCAAAUCCAGUGGGUAGAUGAAAGCUGUGAUGUCCCACCCCUAGUAGCUGGAGCUGUUUUCUCGGGACAUUACUAAAUUUUGGAGAUUGGAUUUAACUAAAUGGGCCAAGUACACAAGGUGUUUGAUCAUAAUACUAAGGAACUGUAAUAGAAGACCACUGAGUCAUGGUACAGGAGGAAGUUAGACUUCUGAAAAGUUUGUCAUUUUUUGGUAUAAGGAGGCAGAAGGAACACAGCCAGAGCUGAUCAAAGCCAUCCAAGUUUCUCUGAAGAUAUUAUGGAGGUAACAAAUCAAGUGGUUAGAUUUAUUCAAUGUUUGUUGUGUCCAUUGCGAAGACAGAAUUCAAGCAGGUAGUCAUGUGAGAUUUGCUGUGUAGGAACAUAAAAGAAAGUAAUUGGUAAUGUUUGGUAUCUGUCACAGAACUAGGAAGAGGCUCAUUCAAAGCAGUUAUUGAAUGCUCAGACAGGAAAAAAUCAUUAUAUCAGUAUGUAAGGUUCAACUUGCCAUAGAAAGAAGUGAUGGAAACAAUCCCAGGUAUAGUCUGUCCUGUCUUGCACGGCCUGGGAAAUUUAUAUGGAGGUUUGAGCAAAUUGUAACCAUGUUAAGUUAAUCUUAUCAUGGGCAAGACCAUUAGAGGAAGUGAAGUGACCUAUGUGUAGGAAAUCGGGUGCAAUCUACCAGUGGGGGAAUUCACUGUCUUCCAGCUGCCCACAGGGAGACCUAACCUUACCACAGAAACGGCUGCUGCAUGAAUGAAGUGAUAAACUUAACUAUGUGGCUUGUGCUGUUACCUCAGGCAAAACUGUGCACUUUUGCUACUAUAGUGAACUUCAGUGUCACUAAAGACAGCUGUGCAUAUUGAGACAUUUUUCAUUUUGGGUUCAAUAAACACUGGCAAUUUGAUGCCUUGCCAACUUUAGAAUUUCUUGCUUGCUCCUAAUAUUCUGAAGCAAGAUUGCACUAAAUGCACACAUGCAUACAUACAUAGACAGUGAAUCAUUCCCCUGUUCAUGAGUGAGUUUUUUUUUUUAAGGUCAACACAAUAUGUAACCUCAACUCACUGGAAUCAAAUAUUACCUACAUGGUACACCAAAUAUUAAAUACACAAUCACAAAUAUGAAGUAUUUGUGUUUUAAAAUGCAAAUAGUUUUACUUGAAACCUAAACUGCAGAAAGCACAUUCACUUAUGUAAGUUACUAUUUGUUUUUAUGAAAAUUGGUCUUUGUGCUUUGAAACAUUAAACACUAUAUAAUUAUUAAGGGAAAUUUGUGGUAGCUCCUGAAAAAUGCUUAUACUGAAAACAAUUAAAUUAUGGUAUAAUUAUAUGCUGUGUGCAUAUAUAUAUAUAUAUAUAUAUAUAUAUAUAUAUAUAUAUAUAUAUAUAUAUAUAUAUAUAUAUAUAUAUAUAUAUAUAUAUAUAUAUAUAUAUAUAUAUAUAUAUCAGUCGAAUGUCUUUAGUUUCUCCUUCAAUUUUCUACUUCAGUUUUCUACAGGUGAAGGUCGUUAUGUUUUUCCUUGACCAGACUGUGAGAAUAAUUCACUGCCUUAGGUUUUGGAGACAUCAGGGUAAUGAAUGUUUUCAGUUACUUCAAGCAGAUAGUUUCCUUAUUUUCCCUCAUCAAUAUUUCCAUUGAACUUAAAUCUUAAGCAUAUGGUACAAUAAUAAUGAAAAAUAUUGAAAAGAUUUCUAGCAUAACUGUUUAUUCUGACCAUGCAGCCUACCUCUAGUGUUGCCCUGGCUCACUCCCUGGGCUGCCGCUCAUUGUCUGAAACACACUCCAUUGGACAGCAAGUCAUACUGCAGGGGACUUGCAAAACAGCAACCACACUGAUGUGGUGCAAAGAAACCAGAUACUCAACGCUUAACAUAAAGAAACUGAAGGUGCUUUCAUGGAAAAAGUGUGCUGAAUUCAGUGUUUAAAUCAUUACUUGGUAUCAUUCAUUAUUACAGUGUUAAAUAAUUAUCUACUAUGGUAUCAGAUUCAUUAUUAAAUAUAAAUGAAAUAUUAAAUAGUAGUUAAGUAAAAUCCACUCUGUGGCUGUUACUUCAUCAUUAUAAUUAGAAAGUAAAGACAUUUAACUGUAUGUAUUACAUUAUAUAUAUAUAUAUAUAUAUAUAUAUAUAUAUAUAUAUAUAUAUAUAUAUAUAUAUAUAUAUAUAUAUAUAUAUAUAUAUAUAUAUAUAUAUAUAUAUAUAUAUAUGCACUGCUUUAUGCAAUCACCUAAAAGUUGCUUCUGCCAGUUAUGUAUAUCAAAAUUACUACUAUAAACAAUGUGUUCAUAAAAUAUCUUGCAAGGCAUAAAUGGUAACCUCCAAUGCAUUCAUUAUAUAAUUGUAGAAUAGCCAGCAAGUAAAAUAUAUAUGAAUAUAGCUAUAUAUGUAUACAUUUGUAAAUAGAGAGUUAUUGUGUGUAUAUCAGUGUUUGUAUAAAUAUAGCUAAUACACUUUAA